AUGGAAGACCACAGGCAGGCUAAUUGCAAUGUCAUUGGGGAACUAAUAAAAUCAAAAUACAUGUCAAUAAAGAGAGUAGACACACCACAUGACAUAAUCAACGACAUGCUAGAUGAUUUUGGUGUUUCAAUGGGGUACCAAAAAGCCUGGAGAGCAAGAGAAAAAGCUUUAGAAUUGGCAAGGGGAAACCAAGAUGAUUCAUACCAAAAACUUCCCAUCUACCUUCACAUGCUAAAAGUCUCGAACCCAGGUACAAUUACACACCUGGUUACAGACAAUACAGAUCACUUCAAAUAUAUGUACCUAGCAUUUGCAAAUUCGAUCAAAGGAUGGAAACACUGUAGGCCAGUCAUUGUGAUAGAUGGAACUUACUUGAAGACAUCAUUUGGGGGAACUUUAUUCACUGCUUCAACAAUGGAUGCUAACAACAACAUAUUCCCAUUAGCCUUUGGAAUAGGAGACUCUGAAAAUGAUUCAUCAUGGUUAUGGUUUUUCACAAAGCUAAAGAAGACAUAUGGAGAAAGAGAAGGUAUGGCAAUCAUUUCAGACAGGCAUAAAAGCAUAGAAAAUGCGAUAGACGAUGUAUACCCAAAAGCUUUCCAUGGAGCAUACAUAUUCCACAUGUUAAACAACAUCAAAGUCAAUUUUGGUGUCCAUGGGGAGGACCUAAACCUAAACUUUGUCAAAGCAGCAAAGGCAUACAGGGUACAAUCAUUUGAGCACUACAUGCAUGAAAUAGACAAGAUUGACACACGCAUAAGACCGUAUUUACAAAAAAUUAGAUAUUCAACUUGGUCUAGAUGCCAUGCUCCAACAAGAAGAUAUACAAUGAUGACAUCAAAUAUAGCUGAAUCAAUAAAUGCUGCAUUGAAAGCUGCAAGAACGCUGCCAAUCACUACAAUGAUGGAGGGCCUUCGAAGUUUAGUUCAAAAAUGGGUAUGGAAAAAUGAUAACGAAGCAAGCGGAACAUUCACACAAGUAACAACAGAUACUGAAACUGUGCUUAGAGAAAACUUUAUUCAUGCCAUUAAAUUUCAGGUACCUGACAUAUAUUGA